UAUCUCUCUCUCUCUCUCUCUCUCUCUCUCUCCACGCCUCCGUUACUUCGUCGGGGCCGGGCCUAACCGAACUGAACUGAACCGAACCGAACCGAACCGGCAUUAUAAGGCCCGCCGAUCCCUUCUCUCUCCUACUUUCUGCACUUCCAAAGUGGUCUCCUCUGCCGCACUUAGUUUCUAGGUUUUCUGCAUCGUUUCCCAGUCCAUGAAGCACUUGGGGGAGAACGCAGAAACUGUGAAAUUUUAAGUACCAAAGGGUCAAGUGGAAGGCUGAAGACUGGUUGUAUUGCAGAGUAUCGAUGCCGAAUGAUGAGAGUGGUGGAGCAGAGCAGAAAAGACAUGAGGGUGUUUCUGAACCAAAUAUAGAUUCAACCUUGAAUUUUAGUGGCAAUGAGAGAAGAGGAGCAGGUACAGUUCCGCAGGAGGGUCCUGUGGACGGAUCCGUGCCUCCUUUGGCACUGAGCAUCACGAUCUUCCAACCAGAUGACAUCUCAAAACCCAACAUUAGUGCCUCGAAAAGUGCAGUAGCUUCUGAGGCAGGUGACAAGAUUCCUGGGAUGGCUGCCUCAAAGAAGGGUUUCCUAUCUAGGAGUGGGAGCUAUCAGGAACAGUGCAGGGUUUGUCAGCAGGAAACAGAAGAACCACUGAUCGAUCUAGGGUGCAGAUGCCGAGGUGAGCUUGCUAAAGCUCACCGCUCCUGUAUUGAUACUUGGUUCCAUACAAAAGGUUCAAAUAAAUGUGAAAUAUGCCAGCAGAUAGCUGCAAAUGUACCAUUUCCAGAAUCAGGACCGAGUGUAAAUAACUGGGUCUGGAGGAUCAACACAGCUUACAUCAUGGGACAAGAACGUGAAAGGGGAUGCUUUAGCCCAUUUUGGGUUGCAUUUGCCAUUUUAGUUGGCGGACUCUUGUUGGAUGUGCUAGUCUCGGUUUCUCUUGGUGUUUCUGCACUGCCUGUGAACAUCAUAAUUGAUAGCAAACGCUGCAGGUGUUCUUAUCGUACUCGGAUUAGGCACUUCCUUUCGGCUCGCACUAGAAUGCUGUCAAGAGUGGGGUGCGAGGAGAAACCUCCAACUGACACAAGUGACCCUAAAUCCUGGAUACCAUCCAACAGUGUGAGACCGUAAAUAAUGUAUGACUACAGUACACUUAUUUCCAUUUUUUUUUUUACCUGUAACAUGCAGAAAAUUUGUCGCCAUAUAUUAUAGGCUGAAUACCAGGCAUAAUUUGUGUACAGUCAAACAUUUUUCUUUGAGUAAAUACAUCCGAUCUGUAAGAAAACACCUUAAUAAUCAGCUUGUAUUUUAUA